GCUGAAAAUCGAAACAAAAACAGAGGACAAGCAGGUUGAUUUUUUUUCUGACCAUUUUGUUUUUUUUCUAUCAGAUUAUGGGACGUGAUCUAAUUAGUCGAAUUUUCGGUGGUCCCGUUAGUGAUACUGGUCCAUCGGCUGCACGAAAACCAACACCUGGAUUCAAUCUACCGCCUGGUGCUUACAUACCUGAUUAUAAAAUCUACAAGGUUGAAGAUGCACCCGAAUUACAUACGAUUCAACGUCGUUUAGCUGCUCGUGGAUUGAAAUCCAAUUGGUUAAGAAACGAAGUAUGGCGUUAUAGCCGCAAAGAAUGGGGUACGGAAGCCUGGCGUUUGGCAAGUUUGUUUACCUAUGGUUGGAAAUAUGCCAUACCAUUAUUGAUUGUUACAGCAAUCUAUGAAAAUUUUUAUAAUAAAGAUAGCCAUCAUGGUGGUGGUGGACAUCACGAUGAUCAUCAUGGCCAUUCAAGUAGUAGUCAUCAUUAGUCGAUAUUUAAAAAAAAAUUGUAUUUGAAAUUCUUUGCUAAUUAACAAUUCAUAAAAAUUUAAUAAAAUUGAUGAUUGAUCAGUCGAUUGUACAAAUUUUUUUUCAUCUAUGCAAUGAACAUGGAAAAAUGAUAUUUUGGUCCUAGAAUAUUUAAAGAUUCGAUGAUACAUAUUUGCAAGUUGGACAAACGAUCCUCAAUCCCACCUUUGUGUAGUGACCAUUCAAAUUUUGAUUUUAAAUUUUACAUAAUAAUUUUCAUUUUUCUUAAUAAAUAAAUUUUGUCAUUAUUUA